CGCAGUCGCGGUGUCAUGUAAACAGCAGAGGUUCGUGAGCUAGCUAACCAGCUACAUAGAUGUUAGGGCGUUGAUACCGGCGAUAUUGUUCAAAUAUAGCUUUCAAUCAAUAUAUUUGUCUUUCUUUACCACACAUCGCAUUGUCUAGCAGGAUAAUCUGACCUGUGAGACCCUUAUCUACACCGAGGAUACCUCCUUUUGUUGUUUUGAUCAGUGAUUCGAGAAGGCUAACGUUACUGUAGCUAGCAAGUUAACGUUAGACAGCAUAGUUUGGGUCCUUGCAACGUUGAGCUUCAAAGCUCGAAUGUAAGGGCGGGUUUCUUUCUCUUACAUUGUUUACAUGUUAGCUAACUUUAGAUAGCUAUCAACCUAACGUGACCUAAUUGCUAGCUUAGUUAUAGUCUGUCAACUAUCGUUUUGCUAGCCAUGAUUUGACUUCGAAAACAGCAGGUAUACCAUUAUGAUAUUAUUGAUUUGGUGCUUUGACUGUUUGGUCGUUUCUAGCUAAACAGCUUAGCUGGUAAUAAAGUAGUUCAAAUGUCAUGUUUGGGUGAGGUUGCCAAGUGUCUGUCCCUUUGUUAGUUAGUUAUAUAUUCGACACGCUGGUUUCAUGGCACUUAAAAUACCAACAUAAUGUAUUUUAGCAGGCUUGUAACAACUGUGUGGGACACUCGCUAGAUCGCUAAUUAAUUAGCUUGCUGGGCCGUAAACGUAAUCAAACUGUGAGUAGCCUAGGCCGAAAACAGGGACUGUGAAAAACAACUCGUCACUGCAGCCUAACGUUAUAUUGCCCACGACACGUAACCAGCUGCAAGGCCUGUCAUUAGGACAAUACAAUCAAUACAUGUUAACUGAAAACAGGAAACGCCAGCGGAGUGGUGGGGAAGAGGAGAAUGGCCAGCUGGUGCCUAAGGCCAAAAGGUUGAGCAGAGGAGCUAACCCCCUCUCUCCUGAGCUGGGCCUGGAUGCCUGGGACUCGGAGUUGUCCAACAGUGAGAGCAGAGGGAUUAGCAGUCCGGACCAUGCGGUGGGGAGCAGCAGCAGUAGCCAGUGUGCUGUGGACAGCCUCAGUGGGGCCCAACCCUACGCCCCUGGCCCAUGUAGUCCCCUCAGCUCGGCUCUCUCCUCAGAGCUAGCUGACCCCACUAACCUGGUCUCGUACCAUCAAAUCAACCGCAUCCUACGAGAGGCCCACUUUGAGAGUCUGCAGUGCCGAGGCCACCCCAGAGAUGCAUGAUGAUUUCCCCCCAUUCCAGCCAUGCCUCUGGGGCAGGAGAGGACCGACCACAACCUGGGCAUGCCCGGAGCAUUACAUGGUGGAUCACUCACUCAGCUCUACUACCCCUCUACAUCUCCUGUUUCCAUAACAUCACAGCAGCUCUAUGCUGUCUGCAUAUCGUUGGAUGGAGACUAGCUAGUCCAGGCCUGCUGUAUUAUUGAAACUUGGCAAUCCUUUUAGAAUGUAAAAGAAACCUGUUCAUAUUGUUGGCAAUAAUAACUCUUUGAUCCAAUUGGGAA